GCCCUGGAGGCAUACGAUCGCCGGCCGGAUUGUUUUGCGCGAUCAUCAAGGCAUAUCAGAACAAGAUGCGGAGAAGCCGAGAUGACCGAAGACGAGCGGACAAGGGCGGCUAUCCAUCUGACACUCUGCGAGAUCAACACGGCGAGGCAUAUAUCCUAUCCACUGGAAUGUGCACCGUUCUCUCCGGAGUCCUUGGCUUCGCAGGACGUUUCGAAGGAUGCCAAGGAGGGCGCGCCGCAAGCAAGAUGUGUCGAAGCUCUCUCGAGGAGCGCGCAGUUCUGGUCAAGCUACUCGGGGUAUCUGAGAGAGAUUCGUAAGGGUUAG